CUCCAAAAUCAGUGCAAUCUCUUCAAGCUCAGCUCUCCAGUUACUCAUCGAAUUCCACUUCUCUCUCUAUAGCAGAAGAAUCUCCGGAGAAAUGGCGAGAACCAAGCAGACGGCGCGGAAGUCCACCGGCGGCAAGGCACCGAGGAAGCAGCUCGCCACCAAGGCGGCGCGGAAGUCGGCCCCGGCCACCGGCGGGGUCAAGAAGCCGCACCGCUUCAGGCCCGGGACGGUGGCUCUGCGGGAGAUACGCAAGUACCAGAAGAGCACGGAGCUGCUGAUCCGGAAGCUGCCGUUCCAGCGGCUGGUGCGGGAGAUCGCGCAGGACUUCAAGACGGACCUCCGGUUCCAGAGCAGCGCCGUCUCGGCGCUGCAGGAGGCUGCGGAGGCCUACCUGGUGGGGCUUUUCGAGGACACCAACCUGUGCGCCAUCCACGCGAAGCGGGUCACCAUCAUGCCCAAGGACAUCCAGCUCGCGAGGCGGAUCCGGGGCGAGAGGGCUUGAAGGACGGCUGCUGCUCCUUAAGCCCUUUUUGUUACUAUGGCGAGUACAGUAGGGAGAAAAAGAAUGAAGCUUUAGGCGUUUUCUAGCUUUCCUUUCCUUUGGGCUUUUCUUCUGAUGUGAUGUAUUUUUCAUGGCGAUUAAGGAGAUUGAUAGGAACAUGUUUCUGGGUUUCUUCUUCAAGCUUUCGAAGUUUGGUAGUAAAGAUUGCUGUUUUUCUU